UGUAUAAAAAAGUGUGCAACUAAGACACUGACGGAAAGGACAUUAUACCACUAAUCACAGUAGUUUUUCAUCCUUGAUAUUUUAUACAGUUUUUGCAAUUAUGGAAGAACAGAGGACCUACCUGGAGCUGCAGAAUGCAACUGAAGACGUCUACAGUGCAGUGAGUCCGCCUUCAAUAAACAAAGGCGUAACACAAAAUUCCAAUGUAUACACAAUAGGUCCGAUCACACAAAGUAUUAGGCUUAAGAAGAGAAACCAUCUGAGGAACAUAAUGAUUGCAGGAGGUGUGAUUGCUUUACUUCUGCUGACAACAAUCCUAGCAGUGACCAUUGCAUUGUUUUUGCAAUCAAAACAGGCUAGCCAUACAAACGUGGAUUUUAUUAAUUUUUUCUGUGACUUAGCCGAACUGGAUCAAAGCAAUUUGGAAUAUACAAAUCCACCAGGAGUCAAGCAAAAAACAGAUGAAGAUGAAGAUGACGAUAUGGACACACACAGUAUUAUUUCCUUCCUAAGUGAACUUCUGACAAAACAGCAUCGUGUCUUAGAAUUCCUCAAAGCAAAGUACUGUAAUCGCUGUCCAUCUCGCUGGGUGCAGUACAAAGAAAACUGCUACUUCUUUUCAGAAACUAGAUUAGACUGGUACACAAGCAGGCACAACUGCCUUAAAGAGAAUGCAGAUUUAGUGGUGAUCAAGAGGACUGAAGAGCAGGUGAGAUUGUGCUUCUUUCCCUUGUGA